UGUUAUUAUAUUAUACUCUAGUUCCACAACCUUCGUCGCCGGAAUCGCGUCUUUCAACAAAUUUGUAUCAGCUUAUCUGCGAAAUAAUAAACGAAGCAAAAAUAACAUCAUCAUGUACAUCACAAACAUUUUGAUGAAUACAAAGGACGAUGCCCAUCACCUGCCGGUGGACGACUUUUUCGAAUCUCUGGGUUCCGAUCUGGAUAUUCCCCUGUUGUGCGACGAAAGCCCCGACGAGAUCAUGAAAAACGCCCUCGAGACCCAGGACCUCCAAGAUUUGGAGUUUGGCGGCUCGUCGAGCAGCUCCUCGCCUUGGAGCUUCAAGGACGAUGACAUCGAGUUUUUCUCCAUAGACGAGAAGAAUUACACGAUGAAGCGGGACCUUACAACUGAGCCCAUGAGUACCGUGUUUCCACCCUCGCCGAGUCCUAGUCAGACGUCAGAGUCACUCGGCAGCAUCGACUGGCAGAGCGAUGGUUGCGGUGGUAGCCAACCCAACGGAGACAUCAAGUUCACACUGGAGACGCCUCCGAUUUCACCACCACAGACCGAAUCGCCGCCCGCGUCACCCAAGUCAGCAAAUAAUAGCAAGAGCCCGCCAGAAGUCAAAUUGAUUCCACUGGGUGCGUUAAAUUUGAAGGACAGCUUGACACAAAAGUUCUUAAUGUCCAAAAAUCCUGCAAAACGUAUUUGCAUACAGCCAAAGCUCGACAAACCGAAUGAAAAAGGAACGCCGAGGAAGACGAUAGUACUGAGCCCAAAGGACUUUGCCGCGUUGACGCAAAGGGUGAAACAAAACAAUCAAGCCCAGCCGCUCAAAGUUCAAGCACUGCCAAUGAGCAAGCACGUGAAAGUCCAAAACCAGCUGGACUUGCUGCCCGUGAACAAGCCAACCUUGUCUGUGACGCCUCUGAUUCCGACCAAACCGGUCAAGCUCGUGAGCCCGCUACUCUCGGCGACGAGUCAGUCGGCAGUAGCUCAGAAAGCGCCAACGAUAGCCGUGUCCACUGCCACCACGGAAAUAAAGCCGGUCCCGGCUAGGAGGACGAUCGUCGUAAAGAAGGAAAAUCUCACGGCGAUGCGACCCAUAGCCAUCAAAGCAAAUUCCGGCCAAGUGCGUUCUCCGAUCGUUGUGAAGAACAAGUGUGCGGAUCUCAUUGAGUUGAACAAUCGGUACGAGGUUGAGCUCAAGGCGUUGAAGAGGCAGCAGCGGAUGAUCAAGAAUCGCGAGUCCGCCUGUCUUUCGCGGAAAAAGAAGAAGGAACACCUCAUUUUGCUGGAGACUCGGGUGGACGAGCUGGUGCUGGAGAACACAAAAUUGCAAAGGGAGAACGAAGAGUUGAGGAGGCGAGUAUCCGAACUGGAGGCACGAGGUACGAGCCCAAAUUUCGGAAACAAAGAGGGAAUGAACAAGAAAAACACAGCCUUGCUGUUGGCUAUGGUGUUCAUGGUAUCCCUCAACAUAGGAGGUCUAGGAGGAUUGGGCGGUUUCAGCCGGCCACCACUGGGCGACGUGGAUUUGAAAUCACAGGACUCGUCUAAUGUGAGGCACGGCCGAACGCUACUGUGGGCGGUAGAGGAUGACGGGGAAGCAGAUCGCUCCAAGCCUCUGGUUUACAACGACACGCAAAUCCGAAACGAGCCGAUGUGCAUGACGUACGUCAACCAAACCGAAUCCAUACGUCUCGACUCUGAGCUCAGGCAAUUGAUAAUCGCCGAUCCAGCCCAGGACAAUCGGAUUGAUUGGUUGACAAGCAAGACCGAUCUGGAAUUAAAGUCUCUUAAUGGGAUGCAUUUGGGCACGUAUCCCGUGAAAAGCAAAAAUUCCAGGCCGAGGAACAUGAGGGUGACGUCGUUGCGGAAAAGUUUGGGUAUUAGAAAUCGAGUGGAGAGGAAACAAACCGGAACGUCCCUACCGAUGAACAACGCGGUACAGGUUUUCUCGCCGAUACCCGAAAAGUAUGCAGAAUUGUUCGACGCUCUUGGCCACAGGGAGGACACUUUUUACUUGGUCCUGUUAAACGAAGCCUUUCUGCUACCGGCCUCCAGCCAAAACAACACCGCCAGGCCCAGGAUCUCGCUCAUCCUUCCUACCAAUGGUUCCAACUCAACGCCGAAGAAUCAUGUGACGAUAAUGCAGAUCGACUGCGAAGUCACCAACACUCGGCAACUCAACAUAUCCGAUGCGAUAAUACCAGAGUAUUUGAGGAACCAACGAUCAUCUCAAGCUACUCCUCCUGAGCCGAAUAGUACUGUAAUGCCGGAACGAGUUUCAAGCACGAAAAAGAUUGUAAAGCCUUACUUUCUGAAUGAGAGCAGGAGUAAUCCGUUGAACGCUUAUGCACCGGAAAACGAAAAUAUUUACAACGCGAAUCGAACUUAUCCGGGUAAGGAAGAUUUUCGUAGAUAUUUCAUGAAAGAUACCAAAAAUAAUGCCAACAGCGAAAACAAUCAGAAGGAAAUCAAAGAGUUUUCAAACAUUACGAAGCAAGUAAAGAAUAUUACCUAUUCUGCUGACAGGCAAAUGUACAGAAAAAAACUAUUGAGAUCCUUUAAACAAGUUAAUUUGGGGUAAAAAUUUAUAAUGAUCCAGUCACCCGAAAAGAAACUAAAGGGCUGUGUAAAAAAAAAAAAAAAUGACGCUCAUUUUGCAGUAGCGUCGUUUCUAUGUAAGCAUAUUUAUAAACAUGCGUGCUUACUAAAGCUCAAGCAUAACUAUUAACACUAAGGAAACAUAAAGUCUGCAUUCUUGUAAAGUAAUAUAUGGUGUGAAAGUAAAUAACGUUAAUGUAUUUCUCAUUUGUUUUGUAAGUUUGCAAGAUGAGUUUGAUACGUGGGAAAAAGAAAAAAAAAAAAAAAAAUUAUUAUUAUUUAAGUCGUGAAAAGUAGUUACAAUUGUUUAUCUUUUUGUAAGUUAAUCAAACUAAAAUAAUUAGUUGAAUGAUAAUAAAAAAGAAUUUUGUACAAGCAAAUUGGUUGCAAGUUUUGGGUGGGUUGUUUGUUUUUUGUUGGCACUAUUUCGUGCAACAGUAUUGAGUUUUUAAUUAUUUUUACGAUUGUCCAAGACACGAAAGCGGUACUUUAAAAAUGACAGUAAUAAUUAUACAUAAGGACGAAACAGUACAACGAGCGCAUAGUUUAAGAUACUGAUGUGAACAUUCUCAAGCAUACAUACAUUAUGUAUGAUUUUGAAAAGCGUCACAUAAAAUGCAAUAAAAGAAAUAUAUUAUGUAUUAUUUGCGCAAAUAUGCGAUUAUGCGAAUUUAGAAUUGAAUUUUCCACAAGCGUGAAUUUUAAAGAUGUUUUGCAUUUAUAUUAUAUACGUAAUAUAGUGAUUUGUACAUUAAAAUGAGAACUUGCUGUAUUUAA